AAAUCUAUUUACAGUUGCUCCUAUAUCUGUUCCAAUUUUUAUACUACAACUACUGCAAUUCCAUAACUUGAUUUCAUUCUAAGUGCUUCCCAAAUAUUCAAUACUCCAUUUAUGAAAAUUUACAAGAAACUAGAUGCCAAUACGUUUAACAGUAGUUGUGCACAUUUCUCUCUUACAAGCUGCGAAACUAGGACACAGAGGUCGCUGCAUGUUAUAUAGGACUACGAAACAGAAGUAGGCCUACAUAUUGAUUGUACAUUUCGUUUUCUUACGUGUAUAGGACAGACAAAAAAUAAUACAAGCAAAUUCUUAAUAAUGAUAAAAUGGAGAUGUUUUCUGCAAAGUAGGCAUAUUAGGCCUAUUAACAUAAUUGUCCUAUUUUUGCAACUCUCUUCUGUUCUAAUAUACAGCAGAGUAGUAGUAGUAGUAUAGUAGCUGACACAGAGAUUUUCUAUAACAGUUGAAAGCGUGACACUCAGACAACUUGAACCAACUACAAACAACAAUGAUUCGUGGAGCUUGGUUGCACAUGACAAACAAAGAAGUUGCGAAUGCAACUAAUGAUGAAACUUCACUAACCGAACAUGCAAUAUGCCAAUCGACUCGUUCGCUCGAAGGAAAAACUGUUAUUGUUACUGGAGGUAAUUCGGGUAUUGGUAAAGAAUGUUGUAGGGAUUUCAUCAGGAGGGGAGCAAGAGUUAUUCUAGCCUGUAGAAGUUUGACCAGGGGUAAUGAUGCUAAAUUGGAUAUUGAACAGGAUACAGGAAUCUUUGGAAAUCUUAUAGUGAUGAUAGUCGAUCUGUCGAGUUUAAAGAGUGUUAGACAAUUUGCCAAAGAGUUUAAAGAAAAGGAAAAAAGAUUGGAUAUACUUUUGAACAAUGCUGGUUUAGUUCGAACGACUAAUAGAUUCUCAGAGGAUGGUUUUGAAGCAACAAUGGCUACUAAUCAUACUGGACAUUUUCUGUUAACCUAUCUUUUAAUAGAUAUGCUUAAGAGUUGCGCUCCUAGUAGGGUGGUGAACGUCACCUCCAUAGGACACUAUUCGUGUGACGAUAUGAUGUUUGAAAAUUUUCACAAUAGAGGGUGCUGCGGAUCAAGUCAAUUUAAACUAUAUUCCAGAAGUAAGGCAGCAAAUAUCCUCUUCGCCCAAGAAUUAACUAGAAGAUUCUCCAAGGAUGGUGUGACUGCCUAUUCUGCUCAUCCUGGAUUUGUCCUAACAAACUUCAACACUCACUUUUCGGCAUGUUCCGACUGUUUUUAUGUAUUAGCUGUAAAAUGCUGUAUGAGAAGGGAUCAGGCCUAUGUAAAAUCAGCAGAACAAGGAGCACAAACACCUAUACAUUGUUGUGUAACUGAGGAAAUUGAACACGAAGCCGGAUCCUACUAUCACGAAUGUAAAGUACGGCAACCAUCAAAAUUAUGUAGAGAUGAGAAGAAUGCUUUACGUCUUUGGGAUAUCAGUAGUGAACUCGUUGGAGCCACCUGGUGAUGGAACAAAGAAACACUCGCCAUAUAUACUCUUUUGGUGUUUUUCUAAUAAAGCUGUAAAAAUAAUCUAUAAA